AAGAGAAGCCAUGGCACUCGAGCCACCCUGUAUAUUUCACCCUCGGUCAUAGACACGAGGCUUGCCUGGCGACAAGCGGCGACUUGCGCAGAUCUGCGAGCAGAAAGCACGACCAUUGGGCUGGAAUCAGCGUGCAACAAGGAGGGUGUUGGCCAAGCAGCUGUCGAGGGUUGUAAAGGAUGAGAUGGAUGGUCGAAUGAGAAGGAUGCGACGUGCGUGGAAGUAACGAAGGGGAAUGGAGGAGGACAGUGAUAUAGUGAAGAUAAAUGGUGAAGGAAGAGCAAUGAUAAAUAAGGUGUCGAGGUGGAAAAAAUUGGGGGAGAAUAUAUAGGUAUAGGGUGAAUCGCGAAAGGAAUUGGAGAAAUUUUUGAUUGGUUUAAAUUAUGAAAAAAUAAUAAAUUUUAACGAAUGGAAGAUUGGCAAUGAGAGGGUGAAAAGGUGAAGGAUAGGGGAUGAACAAAAAGAGAGAAAAUAUGGGAAAAAUGGGGAAAGUAAAGUAGGAGAGAGUGAAAAAGAUGAAAGUUGAGAAGAGAAAGAAACAAGUAGGAAGAUGUAUAUACGAAAUAAAAUGAAGGAAAUGUGGAAACGAAAGUGAAGACAAAGAUAAAAAAGGUAGGCUUGGAUAAUCAAUAAAAUACAUUUUGUUAUAUUUUUAUGAAAUGAGAAUUUAUAAUUUAUAAAAGAUAAAUUCAAAAAAAAAAAAAAUAAAUUAAUCAAAAGCUUAAAAUAAAAUAUAUAAUAUAGAAUAAAAAAAAAUAGAGUAGUUGUAAUAGAGUACUUUUUGUUGGAUUUGUAAAAUAAAGAAAUUAAAAUAAAAAUAGCCUAAAGCAAAAGACUUUCCGCGAAAAUAAAAAAGAGAUAAAUUUUCAUGAAAAGAGGAAAAUGAAAAUAGUUUGUGUAGCAGUAGUAGUAGUAGUAGUAGUAGUAGUAGUAGUAGUAGUAGUAGUAGUAGUAAUAGUAGUAGUAAUAGUAGUAGUAGUAGUAGUAGUUUGGAACGAAAGAUGCAUUUAUUAACCGAAAGAUAAAAAAGAAAAAGAAAUAAAAAAAUCAAAAAGAACAGAGAUAAAAAUAUAAAAUAUUGAGAUAUAUAAUAUUAGAUAUAUUAGAUAUAAAUAUAAAAAUUGAGAUAUAUAAUAUAUAUAUAUAUAUAUUAAUGAAAAGGGGAGAAAUUAAAGGAAAAAAAAAAAAAAAAAAAAAAAAAAAAAACAUUUAUAAUUUGAGAAAUUAUAAAUUAUAAAUUUAAACUAAUAAUUGUACGCGAAUUAAAAUUGUCACAAAUUCGAAAAGCAAGCAAAAGAAAAUACGAUCAGUCACAAAAAAUAUUAAAUAUAUUAAAUAUAAUAUAUAAUAAUAUAAAUUCGUAUCCUAUAUUACGAAGAAAUUUCAACUUAUCUGGAAAUCCUGAUUUUUAUUAAAAUUUUAUUUGUAUCAAGAUUUUGAUAUUUUUUUAAUUCUCGGCACAAUUUCAGAAUAAUAAAUAUACAUUAAAAACUAAACAUUUUUUUUAAUGUAAAAUUGUGCUUUAUCUCAUUACAAAUACCAUUACAAAGUUAUAUUGAAAAGAAUGUAUAAUCCAUUAUGCUCUAUAUAUUUGCAAAAUUCAAUAAAAAAUUUUCUAUAAUUUAUAAUCUAAAUUUCUUUAUAAUGGAAGCCGAAUGUUUUUACCACUGAUCCUACAAAGCACAGGCCAUCCAAAUAGUGUUGCUGGGAUACAGAAAGGAAUACCAAGAGAAAAAUAUAAGAAAUUGAAAAUCGAUAAACCAAACCGAUCCAAAUGAAAGAAAUUUAAAAAAAAAAAAAAAGAAAUACAUCAGACAACAUCGAUAAAAAUUGCCAGCGUAAAAGCAAACAAUCGUAAGGUGUAAUAACAAGUGACGAUAACAAUGUUGAAAAACAAUAGAAUAGAAGGAAUGGAAAAAAGCGUGAAAGGAAUAUAGGGGUUGUGGCGGUGGGGUUGCAAGGCGCGCGCAGAAGGGCGAUGCAAAAUCGUUCCUGCUGCACAGUCGCAGGAAAAUCGAAGCUGGUCGCCAGUGUGUCGCACACCAGCGCAGCAUUCGCUUCCGUUUAUUCUAUCCCCCUCGUGUGCCUUCAUCUCGAGGAGAGAAGGAAGAGCACGCGGAGCCAUGCUGCUAGACGCUGGUUGAACCGUGAUUUCCAUCGAAUCGCGAGGAUAAAAAUAAUCGAACGAAGUGUUUUGUUUUUCCUCUCAAGGUGUAAAUAAAACCUGUAUCGGUUUUAUUUUUCAUUUUUACACGAGUGGACACGAAUAGUAGCGUUUUGUGAUCAUUCGAAUGAAAAUGUUCCGCAGAUCUUCGAAAGAUGAUCUGGAAAGAGAAUGAAGAAGAAAGAUUUGUGAAAAGAGAUUUAAAGGGGAAGAGCGGGAAAAAAAUUGUUUUUUGUUCAUUUUUGAUCAUUUAUGGGUAUCGUAUAUCGUGUUAUCAAGUUUGUUUUGCGUGUGAUUGAUAAAUUGCAAAGUUUGAUAGAGUUGACUCGAUCGCGGUGGGCAUUUUGAAAUAGUUCAUAGUGCUUGAGGGAGUAGAAGUUCAUCAUUUUUUAUUUGUAUUCAUUUCAUGUAUGAUUUUAGAAAAUGAUUUUAGAAAAUAUUCGAAUGAUCGACGACAAACGUAGAAUUAAAUAAAAGAAGAGAAAAAGGAGGAAAGGGGAAGGAGAGAAAGAGAGGAACAAAGUGUGAAGUUGGAGUGAGAGACUAGGGUGACUGACUGGUAGUGUACGAUAUAUACAUCGGGAAGAAAGGGUGGAAAGGAGGAUUUCGCGAGGAAGGCGGCCAACGUAGAGGGCGCGGACAGAAAUGCAGUGGCGCCGGCAACGAAGGGUUAUCCACGUGAUCGGCUCCUCCAAUCACGUUCUACUUUUAGCGAGGUACCAAGACGCUCCACCCGGCGAAGAGGACGAAGAAGAAGGAUUACGGAAUGGAUUCUUGAAAGGGCAGGAGAAUGACACGAACACGCACAGUUUUAGUCGGCAGAGCGGAUACAAGCCGCGUAGAACCGGAAGUAGCGAUGGUGGCGCAUACGCCGGUAGUGCGGCACGGCACAAGGACGAUACAACCGGUUCACCGUCCCAGCCCAAGAUUAUCUUUAACGAGGACGAGUACACGAGGAUCACGACACCCCGUCAGGAUAUGCUGUUUAAAAAGGGUUAUCUGUCGAGGAAGAAACCCUGGACCGGAAACGCGAACACCAGCGCGACUUCCUCGACCACCGAGAGCCAAUCGGCGUCUCAUUCCACCGCAGGUAGAGGUAUAGAUGGUAGCGAAACGACUGAGGAUCAACAGUUGUUAGACAGGGACUGCGGUACCGGCGAAUAUCCACCAAUGAUGGAUUCCAGCGCCCAAUUGGGCUAUGGGACGUUUUAUGACCACAUGGGUGGUUACUAUUACGAAUAUCCUGUGAUGUUGGUUGGUCCAGCACCGAUGCAAUCCCAAGUUGCACCGAGUGUUUUGGCGGCCGUGCCUUGUGCACCUGUGCCUCUUAGGCCCAUAGAAUGGAUUAAUCCAACUUACGUACCCAAACUGCCUAAUCAACCGUACUGUAUAAUGAAUUACGAGAACAAUCAAAGUAUGGAAAAUACGGUGGUAAUGGAAGAGCAAGAAAAUACGGUUCUACCAACGGAGAAUUCAAAUGGAAUCAGUAACGAGAGUGGAACAGGUAGCACUAGUUGCAGCGGUAGUAUGGCCGGAGAAACGGAAGAACAACCCAUAGAGUUUACCAACGCAAAGGAGGAACAGCAAGCGGACGAGCAGAUAGAGGAACAAAUGGAAGAGCAAAUGGAGGAACAAUAUGGGGAUGAGCAACAAACGGAAGAGCAACCUUUGGAGAACGGUGGACCCUAUUUUGAACCAAUGUUGAUGCAGCAACCGGUACACGUAUCUCACGUGAUACCAGCGAUUCCUCAGCCUUACAUGUACCCCGGCCACUACAUGUUUGGUCCUCCUUUGAUCAACGUGAAUGGUGUUACGAUACAGGGUGGGCCCAUGAUCAGAACCACAGACGUUGCGGCCAUGUCGGCGGCCUGUGCCAAGCGAAGAAAGAAAAAAAAGAGAAGGAAACAAAGAAGACUUGCUACGGGUAACACGGAGGACGAAGAAGAAGGAGAGUACAGCUCCGAGUGUGAUACCGGUCUACCGUCUUCCCGGCUGUCUUGGACAGCGUGUUCAACUUCGACUACGAAUACGACAACAAUUAGCAACCGGCCGCUGAAUCCCGAAUGUCAGGAGUUCCAGUUGCGACAAGUCGUUGAAUUUAAUACCUCGCUACCCGCUAUUUCAACCUCCGCCAACAAUACGUCUACGUCCGAGAUGAGCUCGACGAUAAACCAGCCGAGCACGUUAUCCUCGGACACGACCUCCGUCGAUAACGAUUCAAAUGAGGUAUGCAACGGCGUCGUAUCCGACGAUUCGAAGAAUCAAAACGAUAAAUCGAUCGAGAACAGCAAGUCUGAUCAUCAAUUAGAAACGAUUUUAUUAGAAAACAGUCAAUCGAAAUCGCUAGACGCGAUUACCAAUUCGGUUAACGAAUCGAAUAGACUGACGAACUGCUUCCUCGAGAAUAAGGAGGCAGUUCUUUUGACGAACGAGGUCGCCAGUGAGGCGGCGACUGAGAUCGAGAAACUGCCAAGCACUACCAAAACAACAAAUAAUGAUUCAUCGAGUGCCAAUGAGCUAAGCGAACGAUCGAGCAACGAAAUGAAUGGGGAGAUCCUGGUGAAUGGGCAACUGGAUUCGAGUAACAAGAACACGUCAAUGAUGUUAGCAAAUUCGAGAUCACCGUCUCCCGUACCAAACGACGAAAAAACAAGAUCGAUCACGCCUAGAGAAUGUAACGUAGAGAAUGUAUCGAUUCGCGAAGAUCAGAAUCACGAAUCUUUAUCGAGCAGUAAAUCAUCGUCGUCGACUAAUCUAUCCAAGCGAAAAUACGCGAAGGGUGCGAAAUUCGUGAGAGAACCAACACCUGGCCCAGAUCUAAGCAACACGGUUGAAUCAGAAAAUGAAACGAAAAUACAUGAAUUGGCUGAGAAUAUAGAGAAGAAGAUAGAUCUGUCGAACGAUUCGAAAAUGGAACCUUGCGGUGAUAAUGUUGGAGAGGAUAAUCAAGUAUCGAGUAAAUUUGAAAUGAAAAUGGUAUGCAAUCGCUUGAGUAAAGAAGCGAUUGAAGCAACAAAUGAGGAUUCUGGUUUUGAGAGUCAGACACAAUUAUCUGAUUAUCCCAUUAUGAAGGCGGUAACAGAAUGGUUACGAAGGGAAAAAUCGCCUGAUUUGUUCAUCACAUCGGCUAUCUCGAUGGAUUGUGAGGAGGACGAGGAUGAUAUGGAUGAAGAGCCGCCAAAAAACUUGCAAGGCAACCCCAUGCCUGCACUAUCUGUUAAUAGCGGUGCGGACAAUGCGGCAUUGUCGUGCGCAGCUAGUUGCGGGGAAUUCGCAGGAAUCAGCAACAUCAAGGGUAGACAGGAACAACAACAACAGCCGGAAGUUAGUAAUAGUGGAGCUUCGAGAAGAAAGAAGGAUGCGAAAAGAAGAUCGGAGGCACGGAGACGAGUGGCCAGACACGUGUUGGGCGGUAAGAUAGAUCACGAGGCAGUGUCCUCGUCAGAUUCUUGUGGCCAACAGGAAGAGUUGAAUAUUACAAAAAAGAAAAAUCUGGCUAAGCAACAACAAGAUGUUGUUGGUGACAUUUGCGAAUUUACUGAGACAGAUAGCGUUGCGGGUAUGAGGGUUGCUUUAAACUCUCGGAUAGACUCGAAGAGAGUCAAUGCAAGGCGAGCGAAAAAACAAGGGAAAUCGCACGCGCGGAAUCCCUCGAAUAAUAUUGACACAAAGAUUCAAUGUAUCGAGGAUGUGGAUGAUGAGAACGAUGAAGGGAUUGUCGAGGAUACGAUGAAUGUAAGGACAUUCGAGAAAGGUGAGAUCGUAGUCUCAGAGGACGGAAAAUUAUUGACGUCUUCCACAUACGAUCCGAAUUUGCGUAAUCAUCAUGAUCCUCCUACGGUGAUUAAAGCUCUUGACAAAAGUGAACCAGUUAAAGAAGCGAUUAUUAAAGAAAAAAGAAAGACAGAGGAAGGAUUAAAAAGAAGUAGCAGCAUGGAAGAUGAAGAGACUGGUAGUAGAAUAGGUUCCUUGGAUAGUAUAGAAGAACCCGAUGUACUAGAAUGUUGGGAAGCUGAAAUCAUUGAACCUGUGAUAACUCCGAAAAGAAUAUUACAAAGUGAAGGAAUACAAUGUGAUGGGGAAGCUGCAGAAGAUGAUAAUAUCGAGAUUGAACAGGUAAAUUUGGACUACGUGCAGAAAUAUUAUAGAUUGGCACGCGAAAGCGCCAGCAUUGAGGAAAUUAGUUUAAAAGCAGAAUCACCAUCAUCGUCGAAAUCAGUGCCAAAUAAGAAUGAGGAAAAGAAUGAGAUUCCAACGCAGAAAAAAUUCGCUGAAGAUAAAAAUAAUAUCCCUAUUGAUGAAGCUUUUGAAGUAUAUGAAAGCUGUUAUACCGGAAACUCUCUGUUUCUGGCGAUUGAUUCGAAAGUUUUUAAAUCACGAACGUUAUACGGUCAGGAAACCGAGACCCCAAUACCAUGCAAGGCGGUUUGUUGCCGAAUUCAAUGAUUUUAUGAGUAUUUUUAUUGAGCGCCUCGUUGCAAGCGUACACCUCCACAGGGACGUUUUUCAAAUACUGAUGUCAAGGCCGUCCUUUUCUAAAUACCAUAAGCCUCUGACGUUGUAUUCUUUGCUGAUUUAUACAUAUGUCGUGUAUACAUUCUACGAACACAUGCAUUCAUCGUGCUAUCAUUAUGUUUCUCAUUAUUAUUAUUAUGUAUUAUUAUUAUUAUUAUAUAUUAUAUAUUAUGUAUUAUUAUUAAUUAUUAUUAUUAUUAUUAUUAUUAUUAUUAUUAUUAUUAUUAUUAUUAUUAUUACUAUUAUUAAUUAUUAUUAUUAUUAUUAAUUAUUAUUAUUAUUACUAUUACUACUAUUAUUAUUACUAUUAUUACUAUUAUUACUAUUAUUAUUAUUACUAUUACUACUAUUAUUAUCACUAUUGCUAUUAUUUUUAUUAUUAUUAUUACUAUUACUUUUAUUUUUAUUAUUAUUAUUAUUAUUAUUACUUUUAUUUUUAUUAUUAUUAUUAUUAUUGUCAUUAUGAUUAUGAUUAUUAUUAUUGUUAUUGUUGUUGUUGUUGUUGUUAUCGUUAUUGUUAUGCGUCUUGUAAUUGCAUCAAAUGAAUUAUCGAAAGAUAAGGAAAGAAACAACCCUGUGGAUUCGACAUUUGAAAGAUUUUUAAAACUUAGAGGCUUGCUCAAUGGCAGAAGAUAAUAAUAAAAAAGCCUAUGUAUUGCUAUUCAUUUUUGUAAAUAGCUUUUAAGAGAUCGCUCUCAAGUCGUAAUGAAUAAUUUUGUUGAAAUGUUGUAUACAUGAGAGCGUAUAUUACUUAUAUAUAUGUGUGUGUGUGUAUAUAUAUAUGUAUAUAUAUAUAUAUAUAUAUAUAUAUAUAUAUACACACGCACACACACAUAUAUAUAUAAUAUUUUUGACAUUGUUGUCAAUGCGUAAGUUGGUGCACAUAUUCCUAUUUUUUUUCAUUUUCAUUCGUCUUUUAUUUUUUGUUUUUAAAACAUACCAAACGAAAGAUUCGUCGUAUAUUGGUAUAUUGUUUAAAAUGAAUCGAGCUUAUUAAGAUUCAAAUAAUUAAUUUUUUGAAUUGUAUGAAUACAAUUAAUUAUGAAGUCUGAACUCUACAAAGUAGAGUAAAAGAACAACAAAAAAAUAUGAUUGAAAUAUACUAUAAAUCAUAUUGUCUUCACGUUUUUGUUCUCGCCAUAAUUUUUUAUAAGCAUUACUCAUGCGCGCGCGCGUGCUCAUAUACACACACAAACUAUAUUACAUCAAAAAUAAAACAUAUUUUUUACAAAACUUAUUCCAAAACAUACAUUUUAAAGCACGAAAAGUGAAAAAAGAAAACGCUAUUAUCGUUCCACGUACCACGUACAUCGUUAGAUGGCCUUUUGCUUAAAAAAGUUGCAACUAUUCAUAUGCAACUUAUAUUGUAAGAGUUGUAAAAUCAUGAUGUGCACAUUUUAAGAUUCCUAAAUAAGCAAAUAUUAUAUACAUUUUGGGGAAUUCGAGAACGAUUCAAUAAUUGAGCUAUGCUUUAGAUAAAUAUGCGACAGCUGUGCAGUAAUAAUGCAGUAAUAAUGAAUUAGACUACAAAGAGUAUGUUGAACAUGAAGAUAAACGAAGCAAACUAUUUAAUUGUAUUGUAGCUGUUACAAGCUAAUGUAAGAUGUAUAUAAACGAAACUACGAGACGAAUUAAAUUAUAUUGAUUUUCAUUAAACAAAAAAGUUAAAAGAAAAAAAGUGCAUGUUGUUUUAUAUAAUAGAUAUUUUGAAUCUGAAAUAGAAGAGAACACAUUUCACUUAUAUACAUAAAUGCAUAUGAAAAUUGCACUUGUUAUGACAUAGUUCAUGUUUAGUUGAGUUGUAUCAAGUAGAUCGAAUACCUCAGUUUGCAUAUUAUGUAAGUUGUUCAAUAGACGUGGUUCGUGAAAAAAAUCAUAUAUAUACAUAUACAUAUAUACAUAUAUAUAUAUAUAUAUAUAUAUAUAUAUAUAUAUAUAUCCCAUAUCAUAAGGCAAAACAUACCUCAAAGAUACCUGUAUAUACAAAACUACCGAUCAUCCAGACAUUAGUAACAUCAAAUAUGAUAAUAAUAUUGAUUAUUAAUAUUAAUAAUAAUGAUAAUGUUAAUGAUACUGAUAAUAAUAAUAAUAAUAAUAAAACUAUUAUCACAACAGCGAUAUAGGCACAAUCGUUCCUGCAAAGCUUUAGAUUCCCUAAGUAUCAUAUACAUAAUAUCCAGGACGAUGAUCCAUAUAUUGAUAGAAAUUCAUCAACAUACAGUUACAUUAAAGAUAAAUAUAUCGCUAUAUUAAAUACGCGUUGCAUCAAUUGUGUGCCUUAUUCCGCGGCUACCAUUUUUGUAACCAUUUCAAAGCAUUAUUCUCCUUAAUGAGAGAACAGGAGUUAUCGAGUGAUUUAUGUAACAAUUAAAAUUUUGUGAAAUUGAACAAAAAAAAAAAAGAUAAAUAAAAACAAUGAACGAAUUUUAAGUUUCAUGAUGAUGAUGAUGAUGAUGAUAAUGAUAAUGAUUUUAUCUGGGCAUGCAUACCAAACAAAUACAUUGAUUUUUUCAUACAUCAAUUAAUAUGUUCAUCAAGUAUUUACAACUGAUGUGCAUACAUUCAUAAGCAUGUAAGCAUUAACAUUGCAUCUUACACGAGACAUGUUAUCGUAUACUUACAUUUUAGUUGAAUUAAAGUAAAUGUGUAAGGAAUAAAUGUACUUGAAUUUUGUUGUGUUUUUGCUUAAAAAAUAAUGAAUAAAAUGUUUCAAUUAA